AUGACCUCCCUCCCCGAAUCCCAUCCCGCCUCACAUGUCAAAAUUCAAAUCUGCCCCUCCCCUCUUGCGGCAGACUUUGCCGUUACCAAUGCCAUCGCAACCAUGGUAAACGAAUGCUACCUCGUCGCCGAGGGCGACCUCUGGCGGCCCGAAGACAGGCUGCCCCGCACCGAUCCGGCAGAGGUUAGCAGCCUCAUCACCGCCGGCAACCUUGUAGUUGCAUGGUCUCCGUCCGGCGCGUUGGCCGGUUGCGCGAGUCUGUCACCGUAUGGAGAAGGAGGGCUGAUGGUAGGGAUGCUGGCAACGGCGCGUCGGGGCGGCGGACUGGGCGGGCGCAUCAUGGCGUUCUGCGAGGACGAGGCCAGGCGCCGGUCCGGGAUGCCUAAUGCAGGGACAUGUUGUGCGGUCGAGUUUUGGCGACCUAAGGGCCCGGUCCCCCACGCAGGGAAGGAGAGGCUUUUUGGUUGGUAUGGACGGCUCGGCUAUCAAGUCGUCAAAACUGAGGAUUUGGCUGAUAGCAGGUAUGCAAGCUUUAUGUGGCGUUUGGCAGUAGAGAUUGACAGCAUAGUACUGGAGAAGAAGCUUUCGUAA